UGACUAGAGAAUCUCAUGGACAUAGGAGCCUGGCGGGCUACAGUCCUUGGGGGUCACAAAGAGUCGGACAGGACCAAAGUGACUCAGCAGGCAUGCAGCCAUACAAUUCACCUACCUAAUGAGUACAGUUCAGUGGUUUUAGUGUAUUUACAGUCUUGCGCAACCAUCCCUACAAUCAUAGAAUAUUUUUGUAGCUGGUUUUUCAAGUCACAAGACUGGAUGAAAGAGGAGACUAAGGACAGAGCCCUGGGGCACCAUGUGGAGAGGUUGUGGAAAUGAGUGGGGACUGGAAGCCAAGAAGAGAAGAAGGUGGUUUAAGAAGGAGGAAGCUAUCAUAAGGCACAGGGCAAGUGAGAUGAGGAGGAAACUGAUCAUUGUUUUUAGGCACGUGGGAAUGACCGGAACAAGAGCAGUUGCACUGGCCCAGUGGGAGUGCAGGCCAGAUCAGAGAGGGGGUUAAGUGAGAACAAGAGAAGAGGACCUGCAGAGAGCUGGUGCAGGCGCUCUGUCAGGGAGUAAAGAGGAGCAGAGAAGCGGGGCAGUUGCUGGGGUGGGGUGGGGUGGUCGCAUCAAUUCCCGAGCCGAGCCGUGUCUGAGGAGGGGAGAGGAUAUGGGACCUGGAGCACGGCAUGGCCUUCCCUAAGCCGGACGUUUUCAUCCUGAAGAGUAAGAGAAGGUGGGGAUGAGACAGACACGGGCAGGUGCGAAGAUGCGGUAGGAGUUUAUGGGCGUUCUCUUCCAAUUUUAAAACAUUUUCUGGGUGAGAAAUGAAACCAAUCAUCAGCUGCAGGGUUCUGUUCUGGUGAGGGGCGAGGCACACAGGAAGAAGGCAACGUGUGUGUCUGAUGGAGAAAACGAAGGAGUCUGAUGGUGGCGAAGGAGGGAGUUGUCAGGAAAGGCCUUAUCAAGAGAUCUCCGGAUGACAGGGCGCAGCCGUGUGUUGGCCAUGCGGCACAUCGGGGGUGUGUCUCCCGUACUGGUGCAGAGGGACCUCUUUCUGACCAGGACUCUCUGCAGCCACGGCCCCAGCCAGCCCAGAGAGAAGAGGCCCGAGGAGGUGGCCCUGGGGCUGUACCACCGUCUCACCGCACUAGGAGCAGCCCUGGGCCACAGCAUUCGGCAGCGGGCGUCCUCCACGGCCAAGACUUGGUGGGACAGAUAUGAAGAGUUUGUGGGACUCAAUGAGGUUCGAGAGGCCCAGGGAAAUGUCACCGAGGCAGAAAAAGUGUUCAUGGUGGCUCGAGGGCUUGUCCGGGAGGCUCGCGAGGACUUGGAAGGUCAGCAGACCAAGCUGAAGGAGGUGAGGGACCGCCUGGACCGCAUCUCCAGAGACGAUAACCAGUACCUGGAGCUGGCCACUCUGGAGCACAGGAUGCUGCAGGAGGAGAAGCGGCUUCGUAUAACCUACCUGCGCGCGGAAGACUCUGAGCGAGAGAAGUUCUCCCUCUUCUCUGCAGCUGUGCGGGAAAGCCACGAGAAGGAGCGCACUCGGGCGGAGAGGACCAAGAACUGGUCACUCAUUGGGUCAGUCCUGGGGGCCUUGAUCGGUGUGGCUGGAUCCACCUAUGUGAACCGUGUGCGGCUCCAGGAGUUGAAGGCUUUGCUCCUGGAGGCCCAGAAGGGGCCUGUGAGCCUCCAGGAAGCCAUCCGUGAACAGGCAUCCAGCUACUCGCUCCAGCAGAGGGACCUCCGUGACCUCGUGGCAGACCUGAAGGGCCUGGUGCAAGCUGGGACCUCGCAGAGCUCUUUUUCCCAGGCAGGUUCUUCCCCAACCCGAGACAGAGACACAGAUGUCCUUUCAGCUGCCAUGAGAGAGCAGCUCAGCCAUUCUAGGCAGGUCCGUUCACGUCUAGAGGGUUUACGAGAGCAGCUUGAUGGCCUGGAAAAGACCAUGAGCCAAGUGGCUGGGGUGGUUCAGCUCGCAAAGGCUGCAGCACACCCGGGCCUGGUGGAGUCUGCAGACGGGGCUCUGCCUGCUUCCCUGCUGGAACAGGGGAGUGUGAUCAUGGCGCUGUUGGACACGGAGCAGAGGCUGGAAGCCCAGGUCAAUAGGAACACCGUCUAUGGCACGCUGGUCACCUGCGCGACGUUUGUGGCCAUCCUGCCUGUACUUUAUAUGCUGUUCAGGGCCAGCUAGCCCCCUGGACCCUCCUCCAGAGGGAGGGGGUAUGGAUGUGGAUUUAGUUAGAGAAUGAAGCAAUGAAGUGAACUUCCGGGGGUGUACUCAGCCUGAGUGUGACCUCACCGGCAGACGUCCUUUGAUUUUUAGGCAACACUAAUUGACGUUAACUAGCAAAUAUUUGUGCUCAUGUCUUUCAAUUUUGUCUUAUUAAAAGUCUUUCAUUUUGUCUUAUUUAAAGUAAUGUAUGUUAGACUGAGUUUUGUCCAUUGAACAUUCAGAUUUGGAACUCGAGGGUUGGGCCUGAAAGUAAGAUAAUAAUCACCCCCCUUAUAGUUCCUCUCUCAUCUCUUGAUCUGGCCCUUGGUUUGAGACCAUUUUGGAUACAUUGCCCCCCCACCCCCCAGGCCUUGAUUUUCAUUUCGCAUUUCCUGGCCUGUCCUCCACUUGUCCAGCCCACCUGUGUCAGAUGGCCCAUGAUUUCCAGUGAAUAAAACUUGGCUUGCUGCCACUCACUGGU